AUGGCAAUGUUCAACCUACCAGCAGGCUUCCUAUCCUCCUUUCUAAAAUCCCAACUCUUCACCACGCUCCCAGUCCCCAGCACCCCCUUCACGGGGCAAACCAUUCUCAUAACAGGCGCGAAUGUUGGACUCGGUCUAGAAGCCGCACGCCACUUCGCGCGUCUAGACGCCAAGAAGAUAAUAAUCGGGUGCCGGUCCCUCUCCAAAGGCCUGGCAGCUAAAGCCUCGAUCCUAGCUUCUACAAAGCGCACGGAAGAAGAUUUGGUGAUUGAGGUAUGGGAAGUCGAUCUCACUUCUUUUGAAAGCGUGACGGCGUUCUGUAAGAGAGCGGGGGAGUUGGAGAGAUUGGAUGUUGUGGUGGAGAAUGCGGGGAUUGCGGUGCCAACGUUUGAGCUGGUGGAGGGGUACGAGAGUACCGUUGCUGUUAAUGUGAUUUCAACAUUCCUAAUGGCAUUAUUGCUUGUGCCGAAGCUGAGGGAAUCGGGGACGAAGUACGAUGUUGUGCCUAGAUUGACGAUUGUAGCUAGUGAUGCUCACGAACAGGCAACAUUCAAAGAGCAAAACGCAAAACACAUCUUUGAAGCCCUAAGCACAGGCGGCCAGAAAGAACAGCCCGAUAAAUACAACACCUCUAAACUUCUCGAGAUUCUCACGAUCCGCUGCCUAGCACCCGCUCUCUCUACCUCCACCAAGCGUAAAAUCAUUCUCAAUACUCUCACCCCAGGCUUCUGCCACAGUGCCCUCAUGCGUCACGCGCGCUUCCCGCUUAAUAUAGCAGCGUAUAUCGGGAAAUUGAUCCUUGCGCGGAGUACGGAGGUUGGGUCGAGGACAUUGGUAGCGGCUGCGAGUGCGGGGGAAGAAAGUCAUGGGUGUUACAUGGCCGACUGUAAGGUCCGCCAACCGAGCGCUUGGGUUAGGAGCGAGAAAGGAGCAGAGACGCAGAAGAGGGUGUAUGGUGAGCUGAUGGAGAUUUUAGAGGGGAUCCAGCCUGGGAUUACCGGGAAUAUAUAA